CACGUGGCGGCCGCGGCGGGGCCGGGCCUGCAGCCGGCGCGGCGCCGGUAGCGCCAUGUCGCUGCGGGAGCGCAGCCCGGGCCGUGCCGCCGGGGACGGGGAGGAUGCGGCACAGGCGCUGGCAGAGCCCGACGGUUCGGACCGGUGCCUGUCGCUGCUGCCCUGGGACCGCUUCUCGGCCUGGCUGCACUGCGUGUGUGUGGUGGGCUUCGACCUGGAGCUGGGCCAGGCCGUGGAGGUAAUAUAUCCUCCACAUUCAAAACUCACAGAUAAAGAGAAAACCAAUAUUUGCUAUUUGUCUUUUCCAGAUUCUAAUUCAGGUUGUCUUGGGGACACACAGUUUUGUUUUAGGUUUCGACGGUCUCCUGGAAGGAAAGUCUCAUUCUGCUGUUUUCUGGACCAGCUGGAUAGAGAUCUACCAGUUUACUUAAAGAAAGAUCCAGCUUAUUACUAUGGCUAUGUAUAUUUCAGACAAGUUCGAGACAAAUCAUUAAAAAGAGGCUAUUUCCAGAAGUCGCUGGUCCUGAUCAGCAAGCUGCCUUACGUCCAUCUCUUCCGCACCAUGCUUAAGCAAAUAGCUCCAGAGUAUUUUGACAAAAGUGAAGCUUUCCUGGAAGCAGUUUGUAGUGAUGUUGAUCGUUGGCCACCGCCAAUUCCAGGGAAAAUACUGCAUUUGCCUGUUAUGGGUAUUAUAAUGAAGUUGCGAAUACCAACAUAUCGUGACAAGCCUGGAACAACACCAAUAGUACAGAAUAUGCACCAGGCAGAUGCUCAGAUCUCCAUGGCUUUACCAACUGUUCAUGAAGUAGAUCUUUUCAGGUGUUUCUGUCCAGUGUUCUUUCACAUCCAGAUGCUUUGGGAACUAGUACUACUAGGAGAACCGCUUGUUGUGAUGGCACCAUCACCAUCAGAGUCUUCAGAAACUGUGUUGGCACUUGUUAGUUGUAUUUCACCAUUGAAGUACUGCAGUGAUUUCAGGCCGUAUUUCACCAUACAUGACAGUGAAUUCAAAGAGUAUACAACUCGCACACAAGCCCCACCAUCUGUCAUUCUAGGGGUGACAAAUCCGUUUUUUGCUAAAACACUUCAGCACUGGCCUCACAUUAUCCGAAUUGGAGAUCUUAAACUUCCAGGUGAAGUUCCAAAGCAGGUGAAAGUGAAAAAACUGAAGAACCUAAAAACUUUGGACUCCAAACCUGGUGUUUAUACCUCUUACAAGCCAUACUUGAACAAAGAUGAAGAAAUAGUUAAGCAGCUACAAAAGGGAGUACAACAGAAGCGUCCUACAGAAGCACAGAGUGUGAUUCUUCGGCGCUAUUUUUUGGAAUUGACGGAAAGUUUCAUUAUUCCAUUAGAACGGUAUGUGGCAAGUCUAAUGCCUUUGCAGAAAUGCAUAUCACCAUGGAAGAGUCCACCACAGCUGAGGCAGUUUAGCCAAGAUGACUUCAUGAAGACACUGGAAAAAGCAGGACCACAGCUCACAUCAGGUUUAAAAGGGGACUGGAUAGGACUUUACAGGCAUUUUUUGAAAUCGCCAAACUUCGACGGUUGGUUUAGGAGCCGGCAGAAAGAAAUGACUCAGAAGUUGGAGGCCCUUCAUUUAGAAGCCCUCUGUAAUGAGAACUUGGUUUUCUGGAGUCAGAAACAUACUGAAGUAGAAACGGUGGAUCUUGUCUUAAAGUUAAAGAAUAAACUGUUGCAGGCUGACAGAGAACAUCUUCCUGUGAAAACUGACACACUGAAAAAGCUGCAGACACACAUCAAUGACAUUAUACUAGCACUUCCAGAUGACUUACAGGACAUCUUGCUCAAAACUGGCACAACAUGAUUUCUACUGGACUUUUUUUGUGCAGAAAAGAGAAGGCAAAUGUAGUUUCACAGAACACAGUGGCUUAUCAAGUUGGGAACACAGCUCUAAAUAGUAUAUUAACACUACAAGUGGACUGUACUAAUCAUAUAGCCCACUAUACUAUUUUCACUGUUUUUUCCACUUAACUACCAAUGCAACAAAAAAAAAAUCCUGUGUCUAAUAAUGUCUGAAAUAAGUGCUCUUAAAGCAAAAUCUGUGGGCAUAAUGAAACUAUACCACAGUCUAGGACCACAGUGCAGUGCUGGCAUUGCAGAAUGUUUUCCAAUUGGUGCUGCUAUACCCAAUCCUGUUAACUCAGGGGUAAGCAAUAUUGAUCCUGUACUGUCCUGUUGAUGUAGUAUCUGAUUACUUUUUUUCUUCCUUUUGUCUUUCAGUUUUCAUGUAGUGAUAAGUCCAACUGACAUAUUUUGUGUCUUGGUCAAAAUACAUUAUAAUUGAGGUAUUUUACUGGUAAAUCAUGGCUCUCCAAACUGUUUCAGGGACAGCUGAAAUAAUCACAUCCAUUCUUAACUUUCUUCCUUCCUCCUUCUUAACUGUCUUUCCAAAGACAUAUUAAUUUAGCAUCUUUCAAGAAGUGAAGGCAGCUGACGUUUCCUGAAGAGAAUUCUCUUCCAUUCACAGUCACAGAGUGCUCUUACUCACAUGCCUUAAAUAUAAAGUAAUCGUAUACUAAUUGGUGGUUUUAAACUGCUGACAUCCAGGAUUUAAAGUGGAUCACUAGCGUAAAUGUAAGCAUGCAGUAUUCAUCACAGGAAAUAAACACAGUGGUGUUCUAGUAUGGAUUUUAAAAUCAGUGAUUUCAAUAGAGUUAGCUGAUACAAAAUGUGUUUCAGUUGGAGAUGAUAGCUGUCAGCUCCAGUUAUUUCUUUAUUUUUUUUCUUUACAUAAGGCAUUUGAAGAGGUAAUGGGGCUAGAGGGAGGAGAUGAUGGCUUCAGCUGAAAAAAAGCCUAUGGAAAGGUCAGAUUGUGGCAUGAAAAGUUCAUAGCAUGGAAUUGUCAGUGUAUGCAUAUAGCAGACGUGCAUAAAGAGUAAUUUUCUCUUGAGUAUUAAGCAACAAGAAUGUGAUGUUCAUCUUCUUGAAAAGUUUCAUUAGUACAUGAAAACUCAGCUGCUUCACGUGCAGUGUUGUACUUUGACCAGUUUCAAGACGAAUAAAGUUAAUGCUAUGGUGUACCCAUAGCAUAUGCUUUAUAUGGCAAGUGGAUCACAGUUAUACAAAAACCAAACAACUUGGCUUUUAAGUGCUUGGAUAGAAUUUUUACAAACUUGUGACAUAAUCCUGCUAUAAGAAUAUGCUUUUGUAUGAUAAAUAUUUCAUAUCAUCUUUCUAAAAAUAUCUUACUUAGAUAUAAAUUGUCACAGCGAUAUUUUUAUGAAAAUGAUGUAUUUUAAUACUGUUAUGGUUUGUAUACCGUUACUCAUGACCAAAAGUUUAAUGUUUUUACUAUUUUACUUAAACUACACCACUUCAGCAUUAAUUUCUAAUUGCAGAUUUUAUUUUGCACACCCUGAUAAAUAGCUUUUCUAAUCCAUAAAUCAGUUAAAUGGCCAUUCUUAUACUAAAUUAUGUUAAAUAUUUAGCCUGGAACACUGUGUAGUUUCUUGGAACCAUGUAAACUGGUAACUCUGAUAACCAUCCCGUGACUGCAAAUAUGUAUUUUUGUAAAAGAAAAUAAAGGGUUUGAUUUUUA